GUUUUUAUUUCCGAUUCUCUUUCCUUGCCGUUACCCAUUCAUAUUCACCACACUUUCAUCCUUACACACCCCUAUCCGCCGUGCUAUUCACUUCUCCCCCCUGACUUGCUGUAUUGAGGUAUUGCAUGUAACAGCAAGACGCUGAUACCUUGUCCUGUGUAACUCACUGUUGCUUGAACAGGAGACAAUAAAAAGAAUAAGAAGAAACAAGGAAGAUACCAAUCUAGCCAACUAUCUGACGCCAGUAUGGAUAAGGGGGAACUAGGUCCUGAUAGUGUAAUUCAAGUCCAUGAAACUAUCUCAUCUCCACCUCCGACUGAAAACAGGCUUUCUGGUGGCGAGAAUCAACAACUGCAGGAAUACCAACCACAUCGACAACAACAGGAACAGGAACAACUUGUAACCAAUCCUUUCAUAGACCAUGCUUCAAUGACACUAUUACCAUCAGCAGCAACAGAACCUCACAAGAGCUCGUUACCAUCUCAUUUAGAGCCCCAACAGCAGUUUACCCAAAAGAACAACUACAAUGACAUUACCGCUCCUCAACCACCCCCUUCCAAACCCAACAACAACGGUCCCUUUGCGUUCACCCCAGAAGAGCUGAUGGACUUGAUCGAUCCAAAAGCACCAGAGAAAUUAAGUGCCUAUGGAGGGCCCGAAGGCAUUCUAGCGGGUUUAUUUGCUAAUCCUGUCAAAGGUUUAUCCACAGCAGGCAUCGAGCCCUUGAGGGAUGUGAAGGUUGCAGAUGAAAUGGUUGAGAAAAAGCCUGUGGGAGCUGGAGGAUUAUCAAGAGAUGGUGAAAAAACAACAUUAGGAGAAAAUUCAGGAUCAGAACCAGGACCAGGACCAGGACCAAGAGAAGAGGCAGCAGCAGCGACAGUAGCAACACCAUCCUCAGUAUAUCGAUCAGGCAAUAUUGAUACCACCGUAGUCUCUUUUGAGGACCGUAUCCAUUAUUUUGGUCAGAAUGUGCUUCCCAAGAGAAAAUCAAAGUCAAUAUUCCAGUUGAUGUGGAUUGCUUUGCAGGAGAAGAUUCUGCUCCUGUUACUCGCAGCAGCAGUUAUUUCGAUCGGAUUAGGCAUUUAUGAAGAUUAUGGUAUGAAGCAUGAGGCGACAGAGCGCUUCCAUAAGGAUUACACAUCCUAUUAUGCUACGGAUCCAAAGAUCUCUUGGGUCGAGGGUGUGGCUAUCUUGGUAGCUGUCAUCAUCGUUGUCUUGGUCGGUUCUAUUAAUGAUUAUCAAAAGGAGGCCCAAUUCCGUAAACUGAAUGCCAAAAAGGAAGAUCGUGAAGUCAAGGCAAUUCGAAACGGUGAAACGGUCCUUUUGUCAGUAUUUGAUAUCUUAGUUGGAGACAUCGUUCAUUUGGAACCUGGCGAUGUCAUCGCUGCUGAUGGAAUCUAUCUCGGUGGGCAUAACCUCAAGUGUGAUGAAUCCGCUAUGACAGGAGAAUCGGACGCGGUCAAGAAAGUGACUUUUGAAGACCUUUUGAGGCUUGAACAGGCUGUGGCUGAAGCUGAAGCGGCUGUUCCUUCUAAGGGCAGAGGUCAUAGCACAAUCCAAGUCAACCACGAGGGGAUCGAAGUCAUUACAGAACCGACUCAUGGAAUCCAUCAAGUCGACCCAUUUAUUAUCUCUGGAUCAAAAGUCUUGGAAGGUGUAGGCAUCUAUGUGGUCACCGGUGUUGGUCCAAACAGUUUUCAUGGAAAGACCAUGAUAUCGUUACGGACUGAAUCUGAGGACACGCCCUUACAGGUGAAAUUGAAUCUUUUGGCAGAAAGGAUCGCCAAGUUGGGUAGUAUGGCUGCUUUGCUCAUGCUGAUUAUCUUGAUUAUCCGAUACUUUGUUGGAUUUAAGAAAAAGGGCGUCCCUAAUACUGCGGACAUUGUCAAGAGCUUGGUCGACAUUAUCAUUGCAGCGGUGACAGUUGUGGUUGUGGCUGUGCCUGAGGGCCUGCCCUUGGCCGUGACACUUGCACUUGCCUUUGCAACCACACGAAUGCUCAAAGAUAAUAACCUAGUCCGUGUUCUAGCUGCGUGCGAGACUAUGGGUAACGCGACCACCAUCUGUUCUGAUAAAACUGGUACUUUGACUCAAAACAAGAUGACUAUUGUGGCAGGGACGCUUGGAGCCAAUAUGCGCUUCAGCGCAGACAUACCUGAGGGGGAAUCAAGCGCGCGUGCAUCGAUCCCUAUCAAUCGAAAUGCCGUCCCUAUGAGUCAACUUGUCGACAAUUUAUCCCCUGCUACCACAGCACUCAUACAUGAGACCAUUGCUAUUAAUUCUUCUGCAUUCGAGAGUGGAGAUGAUAAGGGUAACUUAUCGUUUGUUGGAUCCAAAACCGAAGUGGCGCUUUUAGAUUUCUCUAAGAAAAUUGGAGGCCCAGACUAUCGACAGCUACGAGAAUCCGCGCCUGUGGUUCAUUUGUUUCCAUUCUCAUCUGAACGCAAGUCCAUGGCUACGAUUGUACAGAUGGGACCUAGCAAAUUCAGGUUGCAUGCCAAGGGUGCGUCUGAGAUUAUCAUGAAACGGUGUAAUAAGGUUUUGAAGAUCAAUAGUUCGGAACACAACGGCGACGAUGCAGGCGUACCAUCCUUGUCAGAGAAGGGCUGUGUGACAGGGAUCACUGAAUUGGAGUUGACAGAAGAGCUUCAAACAACAGUACAAAAGACCAUUAUCUCGUAUGCCAUACAAUCACUCCGAACCAUUGGCAUCGCCUAUAGAGAUUUUGAUUCAUGGCCACCAGUGGGCAUUGAGCUCGGGGAAGACGGUGAGGUGCCAUUUUCCGCGGUAGCAGAGGGUAACCUGACAUUGGUCGGGAUUGUCGGUAUUGAGGAUCCUCUGCGCGAAGGUGUGCCUGAAGCUGUCCUUGCGUGUCAGCGUGCAGGUGUUUUUGUCCGCAUGGUGACGGGCGACAAUAUCCUAACAGCCAAAUCAAUCGCAAGGCAAUGCGGUAUCUACACUCAGGGAGGCAUCAUCAUGGAGGGUCCCAAGUUCCGUGCUCUCAGCAACGAGGAAAUGGAUGCCGUCAUCCCUAGGUUGCAAGUCUUGGCUCGAUCCAGUCCCGAGGAUAAAAAGAUCUUAGUGAGUCAUCUGAAGGCCAUGGGGGAGAUUGUGGCUGUGACAGGUGAUGGAACGAACGAUGGUCCAGCGCUCAAGAUGUCAGAUGUAGGCUUUUCAAUGGGUAUUGCGGGUACAGAAGUGGCUAAGGAAGCAUCAGCUAUUAUUUUGAUGGAUGACAAUUUUUCAAGCAUUGUAAAAGCCAUUCUUUGGGGGAGAGCUGUGAAUGAUGCGGUCAAAAAAUUCCUGCAGUUCCAGCUGACUGUGAAUGUGACGGCAGUCAUCCUGACAUUGGUUACGGCUGUGGUCUCUGAGAAGCAAAAGCCCGUCAUGUCUGCAGUCCAAUUGCUUUGGAUCAACUUAAUUAUGGAUACAUUAGCAGCACUGGCAUUGGCGACAGAUCCUCCGACAAUAGAUUUGUUAGAUCGACAGCCAGAACCUCGUACAGCACCGUUAAUCAAUUUCACGAUGUGGAAGAUGAUCUUGGGUCAAGCGAUCUUGCAGCUCGUAGUGACCUUCGUGCUCGAAUACGCAGGCAUGGACAUCUUCAACUAUGACGAGACCCCCGAUUAUCUACGGGAUAAGAUCGUUCAGAACCCCAAGGUGAAAGAUGCAUACACAGGGUUCAAGCGUCAAGAGCUGGACACAAUGGUAUUCAACACGUUUGUAUUCCUUCAGAUUUUCAACGAGGUGAACUGCCGUCGACUAGAUAACCAUCUUAAUAUCUUUUCAGGUAUUUUUCGGAACCGAUAUUUCAUGACCAUCUUUGUGAUAAUGGUUGUUUUCCAGGUAAUCAUUGUUGAGUUUGGAGGGUCUGCACUUGGGACUGAAAAGCUCGGUGGUAUUCAGUGGUUGAUUUGUAUUCUCUUGGGAGUGCUUUCGAUUCCUGUGGGUGUGAUUAUCCGUUUGGUUCCUGAGGAACUGUUUGGGUCCCUUCGAGACUGGGUAAACCGGCCAAUGCAAACAAAUCUUCCCUAUAGUGCCGGUGGGCUGCCCUAUUUCGAAGUUGGGCGCGUCAACUCGAUACCUAGAUCAGUGACAUCUGACCGACCAGGCUCCAUAAUGACUUCCAGUGGUGGAGCUAGUGCUGGUGAUGCGGGACUUGUUUGGAAUUCUGCGAUUACAAAAGUGCGGUCAGAGCUACAGGUUUUCAAGGCGAUCCGUGGAGGCCGGCUAUCAGGAACGAAAGCCAUGGCGGAGGAUCGACAUUUGAUGCAUGCAGGAGCCAUGGUUCCGUCCUUGGUGGCCACAUCUGUGGGAGCAGGAUGGGUACCUCGAACAGCAACGGGUCUGAGGCAUCAUGGUGAUCAUGGGACAAUGUCAAGUCCACGUUCUAAUACUAUGGGAUCGCGUCAGAGUACUUCAAAUCCACACUCACAAGCGACACGAAUAUAAACCUUUCUGAAAGGGUGAUUGGUACAUAGCCCUAAAAGCAAUGUCCCUUUGUCAGAAUACCUCCGUAGUAAACUAAUAGAGACAAUAGUAAUAAUAAAAAAAGAGCCUUACUUUGGCCAAAGCACG